AUGUCAACAACAACCACCACCAUAACCCCCCCGACGAUGUCAAAACUCGAGCUCCGAACAGCGUACGGCCCCGUAUUCAGAGACGUCCUCGACACACCACCCCGCGAUUGCACCGCCUCCGAGAUCCCCAUCAUCGACAUAUCGCCGCUCUAUUCCGCGCAGCUAAGUGACCGCAAGGCGCUAGCUGGGACGAUCCGUGCUGCGGCUGUUAACACGGGGUUUUUUUAUAUCAGAAAUCAUGGGAUUCCGGAAGAGACGAUUGAUAAUGCCAAGAAGCAACUUUUGAGGUUUUUCAGACAAACGACAGAUGCGAAGAUGAAAAUCUCAUCUGCGCAGAGCAAGUUUUUCAAUGGGUAUAAAGGGCCCAGACAAACGAACAUUAGUCCGAGUGAGAGUGUAGACGUAAAGGAAACUCUCGGCUGGAGAUAUUCGCCCCAGUAUGAUCCGGAUCCAAAAGAUCUGAAUGCUAUUCCUGAGGAGGUGAGGCCUUGGAUUCGAGGAGAGGAAUUUGUGUGGGAGGGGACUUCUCAUUUGCCGGGUUUCAAGGAGGAGGUUCUUGCUUACUGGGCUGCUUGUUUGACCUUGUCGCGGAAGCUGGUUAGGGUUUUUGCGUUGAGUCUUGAUCUCGCUGAGGAUUAUUUUGACAGUAGGACGACUUAUCCAGGUGCAGACGGGACUUUCAACUACUACCCCACCACAACAGCUGAAGAAAAGGCAAACGACUCUGUUGGUCUCGGCAGCCAUACUGAUCUCCAGCUCUUCACUCUCCUCUGGCAGGACAUGGUAGGGGGACUACAGGUUUUGAACAGAGACGGGCAAUGGAUCAAGGCCGUUCCUGUUGAAGGUGCCAUUGUAGUAAACAUUGGCGAUUUCAUGAUGAGACUUUGCAACGAUAUAUAUAUUAGCACUGUUCACAGGGUAUAUAACAGGGCGACAGUUGAGCGAGUGUCUAUGCCAUUUUUCUUCGGCUUGAAUUUCAACUGUGUGGAAGGGGUAGUGCCAUCCUGCACGUCUUCGGAAAAUCCAGCUAAAUAUGAACCGAUUUCUUGUGGCGAUUGGUGUCAGCUAAGAUUCACGCUUGAGAGUAAUGAGAUGAAAAAGAAGCUGGCGUUACAAGCACAAGCUCCACGUGCAACUAUCGUCGCAGCGUAG